UGGGCUCCGGGGUGGACGCUGGAAUCCCGGAUGGUUCCUGCGGCGGCCCUUCCGGGUUGGAAGGCGGUGCCUUCGCCUGGGGGCCACGGAAGCGCUUUCCCCGCCCCUUUAUGUCCCGGGCCCUGGGGCCCCCGCAGCUCUCUGGCUCCGCCGCCGGGCCCGUGGCUCCCCUGCCCGGAGUCGGGUGUCCCGGGUGGCUUGAGGACGCGAGGCUGGGCAGGUGCCGAGCGCCUCCGCCCGGCUGGAGCCAGGGGCCUCCGGGACUACGUGCGACCGCCCGCCGCCCUGCGCCCGACCUUCCGCUCCAAUUGCUGCCUAGCCGAGCGGAGCAGCCGCGGCAUGCGGGGGCCGGGGACGCCGGGCGCCUCGGCCCUCCCGCCCGGGCCCGCCGCGCACCCGCCCGCAGGCCGAGCCCGGACGGACUUCGCAGGGACACUGGGUUCCCUAGGAGCCGCCUAGAGCUUAAUAAUUGUCCAGAAGGCGGCUAUAAAGGGAGUCUGGGUGGAGGAGGGAGCAGAA